CCCCCCCCCCGCCGCUGUCACGUGGUGGAUCGCCAGGUCCUGCCUGUUGCCGAUGCUGCCAAGAGGUAUUCGUCAUGGAGGUGGUUCUGCCGAGAUGUCCUCUGCCGUGUGGGCUGCUACUGCUGCUGCUGCUGCCGAGCCCGAACACCGGAGCUGUCAUCGACCGGCCUGCAGAGGAGGGCAAGGAAGUCUGGGGCUACGUGACUGUCCGUGAGGAUGCCCACAUGUUCUGGUGGCUCUAUUAUGCCACCGACCGCUGCAAGAGCUUCUCAGAACUGCCCCUGAUCAUGUGGCUCCAGGGUGGUCCAGGAGGUUCCAGCACUGGAUUUGGCAACUUCGAGGAAAUUGGGCCACUUGACAGUGAUCUGAAGCCACGGAAAACCACCUGGCUCCAGGCUGCCAAUCUCCUAUUUGUGGAUAAUCCUGUGGGCACCGGGUUCAGUUACGUGAACAAGAGUGAUGCGUAUGCCCAGGACCUUGAUACGGUGGCUUCAGACAUGAUGGUUCUCCUGAAGAUCUUCUUCUCCACAAACAGAGAAUUCCAGACAGUUCCAUUCUACAUUUUCUCGGAGUCCUAUGGAGGAAAAAUGGCUGCUGCCAUUGGUCUCGAACUUUAUAAGGCUGUUCAGCAAGGGACCAUCAAGUGCAAUUUUGCUGGGGUUGCCUUGGGUGAUUCCUGGAUCUCCCCUAUUGAUUCGGUGCUCUCCUGGGGGUCCUACCUGUACAGCAUGUCUCUUCUUGAUGACAACGGCCUGGCAGAGGUGUUUAAGAUUGCAGAGCAGGUCCUGGAUGCUGUCAAUAAGAAGCACUACAAAGAGGCCACGCUGCUGUGGGACAAAGCAGAAGUGGUCAUUGAAAAUAACACAGAUGGGGUGAACUUCUAUAACAUCUUAACUAAAAGCAGUCCCAUGUCUGUAAUGGAGUCAAGCCUAGAAUUCACACAGACCCACCUAGCUCGUCUUUGUCGGCGCCAUGUGAGACACCUACAAGGAAACACCUUAAGCGAGCUCAUGAAUGGUCCCAUCAGAAAGAAGCUCAAGAUUAUUCCCGAGGACUGCACCUGGGGAGGCCAGGCUGCCAACGUCUUCUUCAACAUGGAAGAGGAUUUCAUGAAGCCGGUCAUCUCCAUCGUAGAUGAGCUGCUGAAAACUGGGAUCAACGUGACCGUGUAUAAUGGACAGCUCGACCUCAUCGUGGACACCAUGGGUCAGGAGGCCUGGAUUCGGAAACUGAAGUGGUCAGAGCUGCCUAAAUUCAAUCAGCUGAAGUGGAAGGCUUUGUACACCAACCCUGAAUCUUCUGAAACAUCUGCUUUUGUCAAGUCCUACAAGAACCUGGCUUUCUACUGGAUCCUGAAAGCUGGCCACAUGGUCCCUUCUGACCAAGGGGAUAUGGCUCUGAAGAUGAUGAGGCUGGUGACUCCGCAGGAAUAGGAUAGAAUGGGCUUGGGGGAGGA